AUGACACUUUUAGGAGGGGAAAAUUCAGAUUAUGACUACAGUGCCCUAAGUUGUGCUUCUGAUGCCUCAUUUAACCAAAGCUUCUAUGCAGAGACUGAAUCUCUUAAAGGAAUUUUUUACAGAAGGGCCCAACUACUACAUCCAGCAGAUGAUAUCUUUAAAAAUUCUCACUUAGAAGAUCGCAAGCACCACGCCAUUAUAAAUGUUGGGGGCAUCAGGUAUUUACUGCCGUGGACAACACUGGAUGAAUUCCCCAUGACUCGUCUUGGGCAGCUUAAAAUGUGCAACAAUUUUGAUGAGAUUUUAAGCAUAUGUGAUGACUAUGAUGUAACUUGCAAUGAGUUUUUCUUUGAUCGUAACCCUGGAGCCUUCAGAACUAUUUUGACUUUUCUGCGUGUUGGGAAGCUGCGACUUUUGAGGGAGAUGUGCGCGCUCUCUUUCCAGGAAGAGCUGCUUUACUGGGGUAUCGAGGAGAACAGUCUGGAGUGGUGCUGCAAGAGGAGAUACAUUCAAAAAAUGGAAGAAUUUGCUGAGCUGAACUUGAGGGAAGAUGAGUUGAUAGAGAAUGAAAACUCAUCGGAGCCUGAGGAAGAGAGCCGGUUUGACAAGUGCAUGCGCCACUUACAUAACAUGGUGGAGAAGCCACAGUCUGGACUUCCUGGAAAAAUCUUUGCCUGUUUGUCCGUACUGUUUGUGACCAUCACUGCUGUAAAUCUGUCUAUCAGUACAAUGCCAGACCUAAGAGAGGAAGAAGAAAAAGGGGAAUGCUCUAAAAUGUGCUACAAUAUUUUCAUUGUGGAAUCUGUUUGUGUUGGCUGGUUUUCUCUUGAAUUUCUGCUGCGCUUCAUUCAGGCUCCGAGCAAGUUUGCAUUUUUAAGAAGGCCACUCAACCUCAUUGACAUUGUAGCCAUAUUGCCAUAUUACAUUACGCUGAUUGUGGACCACACAUCAGCUGAACAGAAGAGGCCAGGUUCUGGGAACAGUUAUUUGGACAAAGUGGGUUUGGUGCUGCGCAUCCUCCGUGCCUUGAGAAUCUUGUACGUGAUGCGCCUUGCCAGGCACUCAUUGGGCCUACAAACUUUGGGACUAACUGCCAGACGUUGUACGCGAGAGUUUGGACUAUUGCUUCUCUUCCUUUGCGUAGCCAUUGCCCUUUUUGCUCCCUUGCUUUACUUAAUAGAAAAUGAGAUGGCAGACUCACAGGAAUUCACCAGUAUCCCUGCAUGUUAUUGGUGGGCAGUUAUCACCAUGACUACAGUGGGUUAUGGUGACAUGGUGCCCAGGAGCAUACCAGGCCAGGUGGUAGCCCUUAGCAGCAUUCUGAGCGGCAUCCUAUUAAUGGCAUUUCCAGUGACUUCCAUUUUCCAUACAUUCUCUCGUUCAUAUAUUGAACUGAAGCAAGAGCAAGAGAGAAUGAUUUGCAGGAGAGCACAGCUGCUGAUGAAGACUAAAUCUCAGAUGAACGAUAUCUCUCAUGGGAAUGAAAUAUUAUUUGACAGCUUGUCUUCCGAGGCAAAGGACACUGACUAAAUUAUUUGGAAAGUUGGAAUGCAUAGCUGCUUCUUUAUAGCUUUGCUUGAGUAUUGUUUGCUGAGAAAGCACAUUAAAGCUUAUGUUACUUAAA